CCCCAAAAAAAUAUAUAAGGGAAAUAACUCAUUUGUUUUUGUUUUUAGAUCUAUGCAAUUUUCAUUGUCAUAAUAUGGAUAUUUGCAAUGUUGAACUGUGUAUUAAUAAACGUGAUGGUUCAAAACAGGUAUUUUCACAACCAGCAGGUAAACAUCCGAUAAAAUCAGACUUUAAAACUUUGGUGAAUUCUUUGGAAAAGUUACAAAAGGAGGCCAAUGCUCAUCUGACGGUGAUGGUGGAAAAAGAAAAAAGUUUGAUUUCAAUUUCAACUAACAACUGCUCGAAAAAUACAUCUGGAGAGAUGGAGAGUGAUGAUGACACUGAAGAAGAUGAAGAUGAUGAAACUAAUGGUGAACCUAUAGAGAAGAAAAUAAAGAGAUGACAAGAAACCCUCAAAACAUCACAGAAAUAGACAUAUAUUAUUAUUUUAAAUCUACAACUGGCAACAGAAUGGAGAGUUUUGUCAUUACAGCAACAAUUAUGUUCUUCGUGGCAGUACUUGGUACAGUAAACUGAAUAUUGUAGGUAGCAAUAUAAUUCUUACCAGUAUUUGCAAGGAAAGAUUAAAAGGAAGUUUUCAUUUAUAACACCAAAAAAGAUCAUAAUUCAACACAAUUGUAUAUGAUAUUAUGUAGUUACAGUCUGUAAGUAUUUAUAUCAAUUGACAAAGCAAUCCAAUUCUGAAUUAUCCAAGAUUUCGACUGUAUUUAUACAUUGUAAAGCAUACAAAUUUAUUAAAAACAUUACACAACAAUAUAAAAGAUCAUCUUUUUAAACACCAAAAAGAAAAAAAAUGUUAAGUUGUUUUUUGACAGCCACUAGUAAAAGCUAUCCAUGUUUGGGUUAGUUUCACACUUUACAAAUUAAUCUCGAGCACUGCAGAAAUGACAACAUCAAUGUGUUCACUUAAUAUUAACUACAACUCAUGGAUUAAUAGUUUUCCUUGUUCAGAAUGCAAAAUCUUGAAUGAAAUAUUAUCCUGUAUCAUGUAUUUAUUGCAUUCUUUUGUAAUGGAACAGGUUGUCACAACCAGGCGUGACUGAGGGUGACUCAAUUACUACUUUUUAAUAAAAAUGACAACAAACAAAACAGCUUAAAUUAUAUAUAUAUAUUCACAAAGAAAAUAAAUCUUUGACAAAA